GGAAGAACUACUAUGAAGUAAAGAUAACUUUUAAAAUGGAAUUAUUGCCUAUUGUACAUUGUGUAUAUAAACGUAUAAACAUAAAGUAUGGCGACGUGUCAAAAUGGCCGAUCUCAACAAAGAACUAAACGAAUAUCUUCUUAGCAGUAAAAAUGAAAAACAAUUCAAAAUUACCGUACCUUCGGUGACGAUACCGAAAGCGAAUAUUGGAAAAUGGUUCGGUAGAAGCGAAGAUGAUAAACAAGAAGCGGGAUGGAUCCAAGGAACACAAAAGGAAUGUUGUCCUAGCAUGACAAGAGUACAAAGGCUAGUAGCAUGUGUUAUUUGCUUUUCUAUGGGUAUACUUUGUUUCUGUUUGUCGGCGAUUUAUAUCCCAGUUUUGCUCCUUAAAGCAAGAAAAUUUGCACUUCUGUAUACAUUAGGAAGUGUUUUCUUCCUCUCAAGCUUUUGCUUCCUUUUUGGUCCAUUAAGUUAUCUAAAAUCAUUAUUCAGCGCUGAAAAAAGGUGUUUCAGUAUGUCCUACUUUGUAACAUUAGUAGGAACACUUUAUUGCGCUCUGCAUUUACAAUCUACUCCACUAACAGUAGUCUGUGCUGUUUUGCAAUUAAUAGCUAUGUUAUCAUUCUUGAUAAGUCAUAUACCAGGAGGAACUAAAGGCCUAAUGUUUUUUACGAGAAUGUUCAAGUCUUCGGUAAAUUCUACAUUGCCUGUAUGAUACUACAAUUACUUAGGCAUUAAAUAUAUAUAUAU